CUGCGUACGUGGCUCGCGGAGUGCGUCGUGGCGUCACAAACCGCUCGCGUUGCCUCCGCCGCUUCCUCUGUAGCAUCAGUUAGCUCCCACGAGCCGAAGCGGAAAGAUUCAAAGUGUCUGCGAGCCUCGUGCGGGACGACAAACAACGCAGACAUGAUCUCACUCACGGACUCGCAGAAAAUUGGGAUGGGGCUGACGGGGUUCGGUGUGUUUUUCCUCUUCUUUGGGAUGGUGCUGUUUUUCGAUAAAGCUCUCCUCGCCAUUGGAAAUAUUCUGUUCGUUUCGGGUUUGUCCUUCGUCAUCGGCCUGGAGCGUACGUUCAGAUUCUUCUUCCAGAGGCACAAAGUGAAAGCCACCAGCUUCUUCCUGGGAGGAGUGUUUGUGGUUCUGAUCGGCUGGCCGAUCAUUGGAGUCGUCCUGGAGAUCUACGGGUUCUUCCUCUUAUUCAGAGGGUUCUUCCCGGUGGCGGUAGGCUUCAUCAGACGUGUACCUGUGCUCGGGUCUUUGCUCAGCUUACCAGGGAUCAGCACACUGGUGGAUAAAAUCGGCGAGAGCAACACGAUGGUAUAACAGUGGGCCGUUUUUGUAUCGGAGGAGAGUUUCAGUGUUUAUUAUAGUUUCUAAUAGUGACUGUAUAUCUUGGUCAUUGCCAAUCCAGAACUGUGAAUCCAAACAUUUCUCUGCACAGAAGAAUCAAGUGUAUCUGACUGACAUGAUGUUUUUGUAUCUGACGACUACUUGGAUGACAUUACCAGGAGAUUUUUUUAUUUUUUUUAUUUUAAAAGCUGGAAGCAGGUCUCCCAUUUUGUAUCAUUCCAGUCUGUUCAUAUUUAUGGACCGAUGAGUUGGGACCACUGGAUUGACUCAGCGGAGAGUUAGGAGCUCUUUACAGCAUCCACUCCUGCUACAGAUUGUGUGCCUCAACAGUCAGUGAGAGUUUUUUGUCUGAGCUACUCGAUGAAGUGUCACUGACAUUAUUAUUACAAAAAGAUAAUAACAAGCUAAAUGUUACGUGAGCAAAGAAAUGUGAACUGUUGUGGGGGGAAAAAGGUUUAAGAUGUUUGUUACUGAGAUGUUUUACUGUAACUUUUGUAAGUGCAUACUUGGAAUAAAGUGUCUCUUUUAUAAA